AUGUCCAGACGCAAUCCACCAGGCAGUAGAAACGGGGGAGGUCCGACGAAUGCCUCUCCCUUCAUUAAAAGAGACAGAAUGAGAAGAAAUUUCCUGAGGAUGAGAAUGGGUCAAAACGGCAGCAAUUCUAGUUCCCCAGGCGUACCAAAUGGAGACAACAGCAGGGGAUCUCUUGUCAAAAAGGAUGAUCCUGAGUAUGCUGAAGAGAGAGAGAAAAUGCUUUUGCAAAUCGGUGUCGAGGCCGAUGCUGGCAGGAGCAAUGUUAAAGUAAAGGACGAAGAUCCUAAUGAAUAUAAUGAAUUUCCCUUAAGAGCUAUUCCAAAGGAGGAUUUAGAAAACAUGAGGACACAUCUUUUGAAGUUUCAGAGUAAAAAAAAGAUAAACCCUGUAACAGACUUCCAUCUUCCCGUAAGACUGCAUAGGAAGGAUACGAGAAACUUGCAGUUUCAGCUAACAAGAGCAGAAAUUGUUCAAAGGCAAAAAGAAAUUUCUGAGUAUAAAAAAAAAGCAGAGCAAGAAAGAAGUACUCCUAACUCGGGUGGUAUGAAUAAAUCAGGAACGGUCUCGCUCAAUAAUACUGUUAAAGAUGGGUCUCAGACACCUACUGUUGAUUCAGUUACUAAAGACAACACGGCCAACGGUGUGAACUCCUCCAUUCCUACUGUAACUGGCUCUUCUGUCCCUCCUGCUAGUCCUACUACUGUAUCCGCCGUUGAAAGUAAUGGACUGUCAAAUGGUUCAACUAGUGCAGCUAACGGUUUGGAUGGCAAUGCAUCUACAGCGAAUCUAGCUAACGGAAGGCCGUUAGUGACAAAACUAGAGGAUGCAGGCCCAGCUGAAGACCCUACUAAAGUUGGAAUGGUCAAGUACGACGGAAAAGAAGUGACUAACGAACCGGAAUUUGAAGAAGGAACUAUGGAUCCACUAGCAGAUGUGGCACCAGAUGGAGGCGGUAGGGCCAAACGAGGAAAUUUGAGAAGGAAAACUCGUCAAUUAAAAGUUCUUGAUGAGAACGCCAAAAAGCUGAGAUUUGAGGAAUUUUAUCCAUGGGUUAUGGAAGAUUUUGAUGGGUACAAUACAUGGGUGGGUUCUUAUGAAGCAGGUAACUCAGAUUCUUAUGUCUUGUUAAGUGUAGAAGAUGAUGGAAGUUUUACCAUGAUUCCUGCUGAUAAGGUUUAUAAGUUUACCGCAAGAAAUAAAUAUGCUACUUUGACCAUUGACGAAGCAGAAAAAAGAAUGGACAAAAAAAGUGGUGAAGUGCCACGUUGGUUGAUGAAGCAUUUGGAUAAUAUAGGUACAACUACAACUAGAUAUGACAGAACAAGAAGAAAGCUUAAAGCCGUCGCUGAUCAACAAGCUAUGGAUGAAGAUGAUCGUGAUGACAAUUCAGAAGUAGAGUUAGAUUAUGAUGAAGAGUUUGCCGAUGAUGAGGAGGCACCUAUUAUAGAUGGUAAUGAACAAGAAAAUAAAGAAUCAGAACAAAGAAUCAAGAAGGAGAUGCUGCAAGCUAAUGCGAUGGGGCUUCGUGAUGAAGAAGCUCCUUCCGAAAACGAAGAAGAUGAGUUAUUUGGGGAAAAGAAGAUUGAUGAGGAUGGUGAAAGAAUUAAGAAGGCAUUACAAAAGACAGAACUUGCAGCACUAUACUCAUCGGAUGAAAAUGAGAUCAACCCAUACUUAUCUGAAUCCGAUAUUGAAAACAAAGAGAAUGAAUCGCCCGUUAAAAAGGAAGAAGAUUCGGACACUCUAUCCAAAUCCAAGAGAUCUUCUCCAAAGAAACAGCAAAAGAAAGCUACAAAUGCGCAUGUGCAUAAAGAGCCAACUUUGAGGGUGAAAAGUAUUAAAAACUGUGUCAUUAUCUUGAAGGGGGAUAAGAAAAUACUGAAAAGCUUCCCAGAGGGAGAAUGGAAUCCACAGACGACAAAAGCUGUAGAUAGUAGUAAUAAUGCAUCGAAUACAGUGCCUUCGCCAAUCAAACAAGAGGAAGGCUUGAAUUCUACAGUGGCAGAAAGGGAAGAAACUCCAGCGCCUACAAUAACAGAAAAAGAUAUCAUCGAGGCUAUUGGUGAUGGCAAAGUCAAUAUCAAAGAGUUUGGAAAGUUCAUCAGAAGAAAAUAUCCUGGCGCAGAGAAUAAAAAGCUAAUGUUUGCCAUUGUAAAAAAAUUGUGUCGAAAGGUUGGCAAUGACCACAUGGAAUUAAAGAAAGAGUAG